ACGUUAGUGGGGCCUACCUUGCACACAUGUCACCAUAUUAUUGUUCGAAAUUUCAUGUGGAGCUAAGGAGGGGCCGGAAUUUGGUGUAUGGGUUAGGGAGGUGGUCGGAAUUAGGUGGUGGCUAGGGUUUUAGGAGUGCGGAAUUUUGUGGUGGCUUGGGUUUUAAGAGUGGUCGGAAUUAGGAGGGGCUUUGUGGGUGGUUGGAAUUUGGUGGCUAGGGAUUUGAGGUCAAAAAUUAGUGGAAAGAGGUUUCAAAUCUGGUGUGGUGGUCGUUGUGUAGUGGUUAGGUGUUGGGGGCUGGUUGUAGCGGUUAGGUGUUAGGUGUUGGGGGCUGGUAGCGGUUAGGUGGUAGGGCUGGUCAUAGCCGGUCCAGCGGUGGGGGUCCUGACGGUGGCAACAACCACCGGUUGAUGGAUGGAGAUUUUUUUUUAUAUAUAUUUUUUGUUUAUUUUUAAAAAAAAUUUAUCCAAUAAUAUGGUGACACAUGUGCAAGGUAGGGCCUACUAACGGAUUUAUGGACGGAAUCCGUUAGUUGGAGGUGAUUGGUGGUAAAAGCCAACCUUUUUUUUUGUGAUCGUAUUAGAUCUUAUUCAGUUUAUUAAUGAUACUCAAAAGAUAUUUAUGGUAAUACUUAAGCCUUAGAAUGUGACUUGCAGCAAACUAGAAAAAUGAAAACUCUGAACUCCUACCCACUAUUUGUUAUCCUAGCAUUCAUAUCAUCUUGUUUAUGUAGACCAUCUGAGCUAGAUUGCAUACACCACUGUGGAAACAUAAAAAUCCCAUACCCAUUUGGUAUUGGCCCAAACCACUGUUUCUCCGACCCCAACUAUGCCGUCUCUUGUAAUUCAUCCUCCUCAAACCAAUCAAUACCGUAUCUAAAAAAACUCGACCUUGAGAUUGUUGAGGUGCGAAAUUCAAGCAGAGCAGUAAUAGUUAAGCUACCAUCGGUCACUGCGUGUAAUGGUACUGAGAUAUAUUGGAGCAGUCCUGAUAUCAUUAGGUCUACUGGUUUUUCAUUUGCAGAUUCUAAUGUUUUUGCAUCAGUUGGGUGUCAUGGAUAUGCAAUAUUCUAUAGUGAAGCGACAAUGGAAGGAUGCACUUCAAUUUGUGCUACUGAUCGUCCAAAAUUGAUUCCGACAUCACCAACAGAUAUGAUCACGGAACAAUGUUAUGGCUUUAAUAAUUGUUGUCAAGCAGUCAACCCUCUAUAUUAUGAUCGAUAUAGUAUAAGUGUCAGUGCCAAAGAUGGAUCGGCACAUUGCAGGUCGGCCUUUUUGAUAAGUCGGGAAUAUUUUCCAACCGUUGCAUCCAUUGCUACACCGAUGUCUGCUUUUCCGGUGACGCUUCAUUGGCCUGAUCAUGCAGGAACGGUUCCGAGUCUUGAGAUUUUUAUAGGGUACCCUGCUACGUUCACCCUUAGUUUUAACUGAUGCCGAGGAGGAGAAACAUAGAGAUACGAAGGAAUUUCAAUGUAAAUUUUAAUAACGCGCGCCGUUGUAUUGAUGAUGGUAGGAGUUUUAGAGAAAUACCGCGCGCCGUUGUAUUGAUGAUGGUAGGAAUUUUAGAGAAAGGAUGAAGAAGUAGUUGAGAAAAAAUUUAAGUGGUGAUGCUUUUAAUCUUGUAAGUAGCCAAGUUAAUUAGGCUGAAUUUUGUCUAUGAUCCUUAUGAAUUUCAGAGAAGCCAUUGUGGCUUUAAAAAUUGGUUAUAUUCUGAAAA